CUACUAUAUAACAAAUAAUUUGAGGUAGGUUAAUAGGGCAUGGUUGAACAAAAUGGGAAUCCUGAAGUCAAUGCUGGGAUUUUCUGUUCAUUAACCUUCUGGUGGAUACAAAAGAUUUUUACAACUGGAUAUAAACGACCUUUAACAAAGGAUGAUAUAUUUCCAAUCGACCCAAGACUACAGAGCGAGCGAUUGACUGCUCUUCUGGAACAGCAAUGGUUUCGAGAAAUCGAGAAAACAAAGAAUCCGUCUCUUGCUGUUACAGUUCUGAAAAGACAUCGCUUUACUUUCUUGUGGCUUUUUGUAGCAUUCAAUUUCGAGGCUGCGUUUAGAUGUACGGUCCCUUUCAUUGUUGCACGUAUAACUUCAUAUUUUGAUCCUGCUGUAGAAAUGACGCAGAAAACUGCUCUUCUGUGGUCAGUUUGUUUAUUACUAAUGAUGUUCACAAUGGUGGGAUUCAGAAGUUAUUUAUACUACCGGUUUUUGCACCUCGGAACUGUACUGAGGGUCGAAAUAACGGGCCUCGUCUACAGAAAGGUCUGCAGAAUAACGCAACAAGAGAUAGGGGAGAGAUCAGUUGGUCUGAUUCUAAACCUUAUCACUAACGAUGCUCAACGACUAGACGAGGGUAUAUUGAUGACAAAUGUGCUCUUUAGUAUCUGGGCUGUCCUAGGAAUCACGUUUGCUAUAAUGUACACGGAACUAGGAAUCUAUUACACUCUUGCUGUUUUUGUACCUGUGUUACUGUGCGUUCCUAUCCAGCUUGGAAUCGGGAGACUUGUUACUUACUUGAGGGAGAAGGUAUCUGUGUUGACGGACAGACGAGUUAAGAUAAUACACGAAAUAAUACUGUUUAUGAAGGUGAUAAAGAUGUACGGAUGGGAGCUUAUGUUCAAGAAACUUGUCGAAAAGAUUAGGCGUAAAGAAUCAGUAUUGAUUGGGAUAUUUGUGUGGACACAAUCAGUUGUGAGUGUUAUCUGGUAUACCAUUCCUGUCGUGUCAUUACUAAUCGCAAUUUCGGUAAAAACAUACGCUGAAGAACCUAUGAAGACAUCCGAAAUAUUUUUCUUCUUGUUAAUUCUCAAUCCGUUAACCACGUACCUCAACGCGUUCCUCGGAAGAGCCUUUUCUUACAUUUCUCAACUCAUCACAAGCUUCAGAAGAAUAGAGGAUUUCUUGAAUGCCGACGAGAUAAAGCAUAUCCACAAAAAAGCGGCUAUAUCCAAUCUUACCAAUGAUGUUAUUGUUAAUAAGAGUUUCUUACACAAGGAUGCAGAGGCAAGUAAUAACAAUGGAUUGGAAAGUACCAAGAUUAAAAGUAAUGAAAUGGCUGUUACUUUGGACAAUUUCUCUUCAAAAUGGGGACCCAAUGUCUUCUCUUUAAAGGGUCUCAAUCUUACUGUAAAAAAAGGAGAACUUAUCGCUGUAGUAGGACCUGUUGCUUGUGGCAAGACAACCCUUCUUAUGUCCUUACUACAGGAGUUAGAACACGAAGGAAUUCUAAACAUUGAUAGAAGUGUGGGAUUUUCUUCACAAGUACCUUGGAUAUUCAACGGGAAUAUCGAAGAGAAUAUUUUGUUUAAUAGACCUCUUGAUAAGGAAAAGUUAAACAAAUGUAUCGAGUCUUGCUACCUAACAAAAGAUUUAGAGUUGUUCCCGAGUGGACUGUAUACAUUAGUCGGGGAGAGAGGUGUUCAGUUAAGUGGGGGACAGAAAGCCCGGGUCAACUUAGCUAGAGCUGUUUACGGACAGGACCCGAUAAUACUUCUAGAUGAUCCUCUGAGUGCUGUAGAUAGCAGAUGUGCUAAACACAUCUUCAACAAACUGAUUAAAGAUCAGCUAGCUGGAAAAACACGCAUUCUUGUAACCCAUGCCACUCACUUCUUAAGCGAAGUUGACCGCAUAGUUGUCAUGGAUACAGAGGUUGUAACUGAUGGUAACAAAACUAAAGUUGUGGGUAAAAUAAGCCACGUAGGAACCUACUCUCAACUCGUUUCUAAAGGACUGAAAUUGUCGAUAUUCGGUUCUGAAGACAAGAAAAGCAGAAGGAUUAGAAAAAUCUCAAAACUAUCCUACGGAACAGAUGAUGCUGAAUUUGAUCAGGAUUCGGAUAUAAAUGAGACGAAGAAGCCAGCUCAACGUGAAGAGGAAAAAAAGACCGGUACCUUGAACAAGAUGCUUUACAUCAAAUACGCGACUUUAAGUAUCGGAUACAUCGCUAUUCCCAUAUUAUUGGUUAUCCUGGUAGCGCCUCAAAUUCUCAGCAUAUAUCAACAACAGUACGCUAUAGAAUGGCUGAACGAAAGACACGUAUUGAGGGUUAACUUGACAAAAAAGGAAAUGGAACAUUUUGAUAAGACGCACUUUGAAACAUACGUUUGCUUAGCUAUUGGUGCAACCCUUUUAUUUAUUGGACGAUCAGUAGUUUACAUAUCACUUAUAUACAGAUCAGGAAAAAAACUUCACAAUGAAGCACUGUUCGCAAUUCUGAGAUCCCCAACAAGACUUUUUGACACUACCCCAAUAGGUAAGAACGAUAAUCAACGGUUCACAAAGGACACAUAUUUUAUGGACGAACGAUUAUCCUACGUUUCAUUGGACUUUUUAGGAUUAUUUCUGAUAUUUUCAGCAUCAGUAGGGCUAGCUGUUAUUGCCAACUACUGGUUUAUAAUACCCCUCAUUUUGUUAGUCACCACUUUGCUAUAUACUGUCCGUUACUAUCUUCGAACGUCUGUUGAAAUACGACGAAUUGAGGCUUCACAACGUAGUCCCAUCUUGUCACACAUUUCGGCAACCCUUUCUGGAAUGACCACUAUUCGUGCCAACAAUCAGAUAGAAAUAUUCGAGUCAAAGCACUACCACGCAAGGGAUGAACACACUCGUUGCUGGAUAUUAUUUCAAGCUGCUAGUCAUUGGUUUUCCUUGCGUCUUGAUUGUCUUACUGUCUUAAACUGUGUAAUUGCUACAUUUCUAGCUGUACUACUCAAAGAAGUCGUGGGUGCCUCAGUAGCAGGUUUAGCUGUGGUUUAUAUAACCAACAUGGUCAACGGAUUCCAGUGGUGCAUAAGACAAUAUACUGAGACAGAAAACAUGAUGACUGCUGUGGAGAGGAUUUAUAUGUUUGCUGAUUUGCCAUCAGAGGCUCCUUUAGAGGUUACAGAUAAGAGAACAAUAGUUGUGAGGAAUAAAGUGGCUACCAGUGGUGUAAUAGAGUUUAGAAACGUUAGCUUGAAGUACGACCCUGAGGGUGAUUACAUUCUCCGUGAUCUAUCCUUCUUAACCAAACCAUGUGAGAAGAUAGGUAUUGUUGGUCGAACUGGUGCAGGUAAAAGUACCAUACUUCAAGCUCUCUUCAGAAUGGUUGAGCCAGAAGGUGAAAUACUGCUAGAUGGAAUGUUGACUAGAGAAAUGGGUCUUCAUGAACUCAGAAGAUCAAUCAGCAUAAUCCCUCAAGAGAGUCUUUUGUUUUCAGAAACUCUGAGAGUAAAUCUUGAUCCAUUUUCUGAGUUCAGUGAUGAUUACUUGUGGGACGCGCUAGAGAAGGUAAAGUUGAAGUCCUACGUUUCAGCCCAGACUGGAGGUCUGGAGAUGAUGGUCCAGGAGGGUGGUGGGAAUCUGUCAGCUGGUCAGAGACAGCUGUUGUGUCUCGCUAGAGCUUUACUGAAGGACAACAAGUUUCUGGUUAUUGACGAGGCUACUGCUAAUGUUGACGAGCUAACUGACCAACUGAUCCAGCAGACUCUCCGACAAGAGUUUUCUAAAUGCACUGUCCUCACCAUAGCUCACAGAAUCAAUACCAUUAUUGAUAGCGACCGUAUAAUGGUGAUCGACGAGGGUAAAUUAGCUGAAUUUGACCACCCUGCAUUGCUUCUGAAAAGACCUGAAAGUAUCUUCUACGAUUUAGUCAACGAAACUGGGAUGUUUGAAGUUUUGUUGGAUCAAGCGAACAUGAGUUUUAAUACAUCAUUAAAAUCAGAAUAGCAUAGUUCAAGUUGUUUAGUUGUAAUAAAUCAUGAACUGGAUAUCAUACAUCAUCAUACAUGACACGUGUUCGUUUAAUAGUUUAGGUUAAUAAGUGAAUUAUUGUACAAUUUUAAGCUUUAUCAUAAAAAUCACGAAAAUUUGUUGAUACGGAUAAGUUUGUUGAUUGCUCUGUGCUCAGUAGAGCAAAAAACUUUUUG